UGAUUUAAGAAAAAAAAAAAAAAAAAAAAAAGACAUUUGUAAGUUAAAUAACUAAAUCAACCUCCAUACAGUAAAAUCUAAAUUUUAGUCACAUGUGUUGUGUUGUGUUGUGUUGUGUUGUGUUCUGUUGACUCCCAUAAAAACUAAAGAAAGCAACUCCUUCCUUUAUAGGCAACUCUCUAUCUUCAGCUACCCUCAACUAGUCUUUUAUGAGCAAUAAACCCAGGUAAACUCAAUCGGAACUUAGUUUUGACAUACAUUUCUCCAAUAACAUAACUCCCCCUUUGAGAAAAAGGAAAGUAAUUUGUUGGCAUCAAGAUUUGAGUUUUAAUAGGCCUCAAAAUCAUAUACAGUAUCAAUAAUAUACUCAAUGACAUGUGAGUCACCAUUUUUACAGCCCAGUUACAUUUACAGACUUUGUCUGCCACCACAUCAGACUCCUUCACCUUUUCUGUUGAUAUCCGCGUCAACGUGUUCAACAGUCAUAUUUGACUUUGGAGACAAAGCAAAGUCACGUCACAAAAUCAUGCGUGAAAUCUGAACUCCACAACCAGGGCUGUCAACAAACUUACCGGGGCCCGGGGACAAGAGACCAUUAUAGAGCCCCCCGCACCCCCGCCACCGGCUUGUCACGACAACAUACGCAGUACUUUUAACGCUUUGCAAGCAAUGACAGUGUAAAUUUUCAAAUUAUUUAAUUUGAGAUUGACAAUUAAAUUUAACAGACUGUAAUGUGAUGUGACACAAUAUAAACAAACAAUUUCCAUCUAUUGUCCCUUGUAGGCUACAACACAAUACAACUUAGAGUGCUAUGUCUGCCUGCUAAGCAACAGAACAGUCUCCCAUCACCUUCUCCUCGGCUCAACGCGAGCAGCAUGUCUUGUCAUACAGCAGCUCAAAGGCUACAAGCGGCCGUUGACACUCGAAUCGGGCUUUGGUCACAGUGAUCGCAAAUGUAAACGUUCAGUGUUAGCGGCUGUUGUUCACUUACCAACAUCACCGUCCACAGCCAACUCUAGCCCUAAUUCUCUGGCUUCUUGUCCCCCUUUUAAAAACUUUAUUUUUUCUCAUUCACCUUUAUGAUCUUCAUCUUUUUCUUUUCUUUUUUCUUUCCUUUUCUCACACCCGAUUCAUGACGAGUCGCCAUGUUUAGAGUUUACAACAAUGACAGAUUGUAAUUUCCCUCCCGCUUCAGGGCACUUACAUAGUAUAGCCUUGAGUGCGCUAGAACGGGGUCAAACCAUUCUCUGCUAAGACGGGGGGGUUGCAAAAAAGGAAAAAAUAUAUAUUUGAAAAAUUUAAUAUAUUACUUUUUAUAUAUCCAGUAUAACAUAAUCAGACAAUGAUUUAAAUAAAAAAGAAAUGUAAAGUAAAAUGAAUUAAGGGUCAUUCAGGGGCCCCUAUGGUCAUGAGGCCCGGGACAUCAUAAGCGACGGGCUUGUCCACAUCACAACUGAAGUUUUUAUGGCAAUAUGUCAUCACCUGUUGCACAAAUAACAUACUUACCAAGAGUCAAGCUAUUGUCUUCUCAUCAUCUGUACCACCCCAUAAAUCCACAUGACAUUCAGAGAUCGUAACUUGAGUACCACACCCGAGAUUUAGUGGUGUGGAUUUAAAACGAGUGAUUCACAGUUGCAGACCUGCAAAGUACCCUAUAAAUUGGAACCAUGGACUCGCAAAUCAUUCAAAUUAACAAUUUUAUAAGCAGUAUCUUCCCAAAUAUUUUUGAAAAGUAACCAAAUGUACAUAUUAUCAAUUGCCAAUAUGAUGUUCAUAUAUUGAAAAGCUCUGCAGGCAAGCCUGCACGUCAUGCCACUCUCUAUUAGUUGCUAUUUUGGUCCUCCCCUGGAAGACAUUUAUCCAGCAUCUACCCACCCUGACAGCAUCCAAUAAACCCACCACUCCCAUUCAUCUCCACACCCUCGACGAACCACCCCCACCCACCUUUCCACUCUCUAGCCCGUUCCCCAGCUCUCCCUCUCUCUCUCUCAUACACACUCUCAUUUCCCGCAGAUGUGCCAGAGAUUUGGAGACUUAAAAUCACUGUAAGAUAAUUCUGUUUGGAGUUUCAACACUACAAGGUGAAAUAUUCCCUCAAUCCAACAGGCGUCUUUUUUCAAUUAAAAAAAUUGGAUCCCACUUUUGAUUGCUUUUAGCUGUGGUUACCAACUCAAUUGUGUUUCUCCAAAGAAAAGUGUUUCCUCAAUGAGCACUUGAGGACACGGAACAAGAUGACCAUCCACGUCGAGGGUCUGGUGGCCAUUGUAGUUUUUUAUCUGGUGAUUCUCUUUGUGGGCAUUUGGGCAGCGUGGAAAAACAAGAAUUCAGGCGUAGGUGAUGGUGGCGACCGGAGCGAGAGCAUCAUGGUUGGUGGCCGGGACAUUGGCUUGUUUGUGGGUGUAUUCACAAUGACUGCUACUUGGGUGGGUGGGGGCUACAUCAACGGGACAGCUGAGAAUGUCUAUUUACCUGAUUAUGGCUUGGCUUGGGCCCAAGCACCCUUUGGAUAUGCUCUCAGCCUGGUACUAGGUGGUCUUUUCUUUGCCAAGCCCAUGCGAUCUCGUGGCUAUGUCACUAUGCUGGAUCCUUUUCAACAGCUCUAUGGCAAGAGGAUGGGGGGGUUGCUUUUUAUCCCUGCUGUUAUGGGUGAAAUCUUCUGGUCUGCUGCCAUUUUAUCUGCCCUGGGAGCCACCUUGAGUGUGAUCGUGGACAUAAACAUCAACAUGUCAGUGGUGAUCUCAGCUCUGAUUGCUAUCUUCUACACUCUUGUGGGAGGACUCUACUCAGUUGCCUACACUGAUGUAGUGCAACUCUUCUGCAUCUUUGUGGGUUUGUGGAUCAGUGUGCCUUUUGCGUUAUCCAAUCCUGCCGUGUCAGACAUCAUCGUGACAGCCAGGGAGGCAAUCCACCAGUCACCCUGGCUGGGGAAGGUUGAUCCUGCUGACAAAUGGCUCUGGGCAGAUAAUUUCUGUUUGCUGAUGUUGGGGGGGAUUCCCUGGCAGGUCUAUUUUCAACGGGUUCUUUCUGCCUCUUCAGCUACCUACGCCCAGGUCCUUUCCUUCCUCGCUGCCUUUGGUUGUUUGGUCAUGGCUGUUCCUUCUAUCCUCAUAGGAGCAAUAGGGGCAUCCACUGACUGGAACCAGACAUCAUAUGGGGCCCUCCCUCCAAAAGAUCGGGAUGAAUCCGACAUGAUUCUGCCCAUUGUGCUUCAGCACCUCUGCCCACCUUACAUCUCCUUCUUUGGACUGGGAGCUGUAUCGGCUGCUGUCAUGUCAUCUGCAGAUUCCUCCAUUCUCUCUGCCAGCUCCAUGUUUGCCAGGAAUAUCUAUCAACUUGCCUUUCGACAGUCGGCAUCGGAUCGUGAGAUCGUCUGGGUGAUGCGUCUCACAAUCUUCGUUUUCGGAGCCCUCGCCACUGCCAUGGCUUUGUUAACAGGAACAGUGUACGGGCUGUGGUACCUGAGCUCGGACCUUGUCUACGUCAUUGUCUUUCCCCAACUUCUCAGUGUCCUUUUCGUCAAAGGAACCAAUACCUAUGGCUCGGUGGCUGCCUAUGUCUUUGGUCUUUUGCUACGAAUUGGCGGAGGAGAACCCUAUUUAAAACUUCCGCCCUUCAUUUAUUAUCCUGGAUGGGUGAUCCAGGAGAAAGUCCACCACCUCUCUGGUGAUGUAGAGCAUUUUGUCCAGCAGAGAUUCCCAUUCAAGACAAUGUCCAUGGUGGCAUCCUUUUUGGCAAACGUGGUAUUUUCCUACUUGACAAAGUACCUAUUUGAAAGUGGUACGCUGUCACACAAAUAUGACUUCUUCGAUGCUGUGGUCUCUAAGCACAGCAAGGAGAUCAUGGACAAGGCCACACUGGUAAGCCAUGAUAAUAUCAUUCUCUCAGAGAUGGCGCCUGUCAAACAAGCACUGGGUGCAUCCCUGGCGGCAACCUUCACCAAUAGAGAGGUCCUAAGUAAUGAUGAAGUGUCAAGUCCUGAGGAGUUUCAAAAUGAAAACUAGGCGCUAAAAGGCACAACUGAAGGGAAACUCACUACUGCCACACUAGGAGUCAAAGCGGUAGGGAUCUGCAAUGGCUUCCAAAUGAUCCUACAUGUUUUAUUUCAUGAUAAUUUAUGUUAAAGGACCUCAUGAAUGUUUCUUGGUAAAUCCAGGUUGGAGGCUACAAAGGUAAGACCUGAUAAUUAGAAUUGGAGAUCAGACAUUGGAAAACAAUAUUCUGGUCUACAGUUCCAAUUGUAAAAUGGCAAAUUUCAGUGACAUUUAUGUAUGUUGUUUCGCUGUCUGUAAUGUUAUUGUGUGUAGCAGAGAAUAUUCCAUGAACCAAAAAAUAGUGUCAAAACAGAAUGAUAGGUUUUCUCCCCAUGAGUUUAAGCAUGUAUUGUAGUGAAGGAUCUUUCCUUGAUAUAAGAAGUAUAUGAUGCUGCCUUUGUUUUGGACUGCUUUGCCAAGAAUUUGACAGGUUGUCAAGAAUAAUGUAUCUUGAAAAUAUCCCCACUACAAUCAUCAAGUGCCACUAAAAGUAAUUAAAUACGUUUAUGAAGAAUAAUGAAAGAAAAUAAUUCGAGAAUAGUGCAAUAAAAUACCGGGACAAAUUGUCUUUGUCUUGCAGACUGUACACAAGUUAUGUCAGAAAAAUUCCAGGACUGAUUUCACUCAACAUGUAUAUCAAAUUCAAACUUUUCACCUUCAUUGCCGGAGAGAGGAUUUACGAGUAGU